AUGCAGAAGCGGGGAAUCAUCUUGCUGUUUAUCUUGGGGGUUUCCCUCGUCCUGGGGAAGCCUGUCGAUGAGGAGAAGAAGGAGGAGGAAUCCAAAUCCAAAGUCGAGGAGAUCAAGGAAGACGAGAAGCCGUCGAGCCGGGAAGGGAAAAGUCUCCUUCCGGUGCCACCCGAAGUGGUAGUGACCUCCGGGACCCUGACCAUCAAGGACGCCGGGAGCAAUAGGCAGAGCCGUCUCGUUCGCGUCGGUCCCGAUGGAAUUCCCAUCAUCAUGGGAGUUCGGGUCCCAGAUGACGAGAGCGACAAGAAGACGUGGAGAAAUGCCAAAGUGAUCAACGGGGAACUGUUCACCAAAGAGGAUGAGGCAGCCGCUGAGAACAGGGUGAAAGAGGCUCGGGAGCUCCCCGAAGCCAGGGAAGGAGACAGGCAACCGAGGAUAUUGAACCAAGAUGCUGCAUUGGGCAAACGUGACGGGCGUCCGUUGCAACAACAAGACUCCAGCUUUCAGAACUUCUACGAUCCCGAUACCAACGGCUACAACACUCAAGACGCAACAUCGUACGGAACGGCCUAUCAAGAUUCGCAAGGCUACGGAAACACGGGACAGAGUGGAGGUUUGUUGUAUAGCAAUCAAUAUAACGACGGAAAGAAACCCGUGGGAGUCGUAGCCGGGCCUGCAGAUCCAAGUGACUUCGUUCUCCGCGAAUACAACUUCCAGGGGGCACCAGGUGGACCCAGUUUCUCGGUACCAGUCCCGGUGCCCAAGGACCAGGCCCAGGGAUACGGGUAUACGGAGUCUGGAUUCGGUUAUGGACCCAGCCAGUACGAGAGCUAUUACCAGCCGGGUCGACCUAACAAUUACCGGCAGCAAGGGAAUAACGGGAACAACAUGAUCCAGAGGAUGAGCAAUCGAUUCCGGAACCUCGUGAAGAGACGUUAUCAGCAAUGGCAACAGUUCGUCUCACCCGUUAUGGAUCCCCUGAGGGAAGCUGGACAAAGAAUCUCUGAGAAUCUCGGUAUCGUCGAACCCAUGCAGCAGCUGAACGAACGAUUGGCAGGUGUCGUCGGAGCUCCCACCACGCCUCUUCUGGUCGGAAGCGCUGUGGCCCUGGGUGCCCUCGGCCUGGGUGCCUAUGCCCUCAACAACAUUCAAGUGGAAGUCACCCGCAAGUCGGGGAAAUCCGUCGACCAAGUAAAAAUCCUGCCCGACACCGCGAAAUCCCUAGGGAAUGAAACCGAUACGGAGGGAGAGGUGAAGCCCAAGGUGAAGCGAUCGGCCGAUGACGCCUCUUUCCUCAGCAACGUCCUGGAGGGCAUCGAGAAUCCGCAUGGGUUCCUCAACAGCAUCAGCGAUUACGGGGCAGACCAAUGGAAGGAAAGCCCCUGCACUCAACGGGUCGUCUGUGAUCUCCUCACCAUAGUUCCCUUCAAUGUACUCGAUGACGUCGAGUUUCGACUUAAUAACUUCUUCUCCCUAGUGGAGUCGCGCGAGGACCACGGGCUCCAGAUGGCCCGCAAAGAGUUCAUGGAAUCCGUGAGGAGACGGAACUGCGGGAUCUACGUGUGCGGAGGAGAGGGCGUGGACGGCAGUCGAAUCGACCCUGUGGAUCCCAACGCCGAGUCUCUUCAGCGUCUUCCGAGAUAAGACGGAGUCUUCCAAAGGAGAAACACGGGAAUCUCAUCCGACCUGGCAGCUGAUUGCCACGUGAAGUUGUUGUUGUUGCCUACCUUGUAACUUGUAUCAAGUAUAAGUGCUAAGAAGAGAUGAGGGGAGAGAGAGAGAGAGGAAGAGAGAGAGAGAAAAAGGCGUGCGAUGCUUCACCCGAUCGUACCUGAAGAAGGAACGAGAAUCGGGCAAUAUAAAUCCCUAUAUCAUUGAGUGACCUGUAAUUUAAUUUCUAAUGUUAUGGAUUGCACACACGAUGCCGACUCUUUUGUAAUAAACGGAUGAAUGCGG